UGUCCUGCAGCGUACAGAGAGAAGUUGAAAGAGCUCCCCCUGGUGUCUCUGUUCUGCUCCUGCAUCAACCCUCAGACCAUCGACUGUAAGCCCACAUACAAAGCAGAAGAUGCGGUGGAUCUGGGCUGGUGUGUGAUAAAGGACGUAGAGGUGAUAGAGUUGAACAAGCGUGCGUCGGGCCAGGCCUUCGAGGUCAUCCUGAAGCCCCCGUCGUUCGAUGGCAUCCCAGAGCUCAACGCUACCAUGCCCCAACGCAGGGAACUCUCCAUGGAGGAGAUCCAGAAGAAACUAGAGGCUGCAGAGGAGAGGAGGAAGUGCCAGGAGGCUGAGCUGCUGAAGCACCUGGCAGAGAAGAGAGAGCACGAGAGAGAGGUGAUUCAGAAGGCCUUUGAGGAGAACAACAACUUCAUCAAGAACUCCAAGGAGAAGCUGGAGCAGAAGAUGGAGGCCAACAAGGAGAACAGAGAGGCUCUGCUGGCGGCCAUGUUGGAACGACUGCAGGAAAAGUCUCUCUAA